AAAUCAGAGGGAUUCCGAAUGCAUGUGCCCGAAGUUGCCGCAGUGAAUUUGUGUCAUAAAAUGCAUUCAAUAUUUCGAAGUUGUAGGCGACUGACAGCACAUUCUAAGCUUACAUCAGAAUUUCAGAGAUGUCGAGAGUUGAUCAGAUGUACCGUGCAUUCACGUAAAUACACGUCAGAAAGCGGACAAACUUACGAUGACGCAUUUUCCAGGUCGAUCAACAACCCUUCAGAGUUUUGGGCUGAAGCAUCAGAAGAUAUUGUUUGGCACAAGAAGUGGACGAAAGUUUUGGAUGAUUCCAAUUCUCCAUUUACUCAGUGGUUUGUGGGAGGGGAAUUAAAUUCCUGCUAUAAUGCCGUGGACAGACAUGUGGAGGCAGGCAAUGGGGACCAAGUGGCUAUUAUAUUUGACAGCCCUGUCAGUAAACAAAUGGACAAAAUCACAUACAAAGAACUCUUAUAUCAGGUAACUCAUUUGGCCGGUGCCCUAAGGAAGCAUGGGGUAGAGAAAGGGGACAGGGUACUGAUUUACAUGCCCAUGAUCCCCCAGGCUAUCAUUGCUAUGAUGGCCACGGCCAGGUUAGGGGCAAUACAUUCUCUUGUUUUUGGAGGCUUUGCUUCAAAGGAACUGGCUGUCAGAAUAGAUCACGCAGAGCCAAAGGUUGUCAUCAGUGCUAACUGUGGAGUAGAGCCAAACAGAAAUGUCCUGUACAAGCCCAUGCUGGAUGCUGCUUUAGAAAUGGCCACCCAUAAACCAAAGAACUGCAUCAUUUACAACAGACCAAUGUUUCCAUUCUGCACAUUUAUCAAAGGCCGAGAUUUAGAUUGGGAGAUAGAGGUUGGGAUGUCUAAACCAGUAGACUGCGUGCCUGUGGAUUCUAUGGACCCGGCAUAUAUCCUCUACACAUCGGGGACAACAGGGCUUCCUAAGGCAGUGGUCCGGCCAAGCGGGGGUCAUGCCGUGGUCUUGAAGUGGUCAAUGUGGAAUAUCUAUGGUCUCAAGCCAAAGGAGGUAUGGUGGUCAGCUUCGGAUCUGGGCUGGGUUGUGGGACACUCCUAUAUUUGUUACGCCCCUUUACUCAAUGGAAACACUACAAUUGUGUAUGAGGGUAAACCUGUGGGUACCCCUGACCCUGGGGUUUACUUCCGGAUUCUGAAGGAACAUGAUGUAGCAGGGAUGUUUGUAGCCCCCACUGCAAUCCGAGCCAUUAGGAGAGAGGACCCAGAUGCCUCUUUUGCUCAGAAGUACCUUCCACUGCCAAAGUUUCGAGGUUUGUUUGUGGCAGGAGAACACUGUGACAAGGAGACUCUGGAGUUUGCUCACUCUGUACUGCAGGCUCCUAUACUGGACAACUGGUGGCAAACAGAGACGGGGUGGGCCAUCAGUGCGACAUGUGCAGGGUUAAAUAUGUCCUUGUCCCCACCCUCAGGGGCUGCUGGGAAAUCGGUACCGGGCUGGAAUGUUCAGGUUUUAAGGAAGGAUUUCUCACAGGCUUCCACUGGUGAGCUGGGAGACAUUGUUGUCAAGUUGCCUUUACCACCUGGAGCAUUUAGUACCCUGUGGAAAAAUGAGGAGCGAUUCAAAAAGACUUACUUUGAAAGCAAACCAGGUUACUAUGACACCAUGGAUGCAGGCUACAAGGAUGGAGAGGGCUAUGUUUAUGUCAUGGCCAGAAGUGAUGAUGUCAUCAACGUGGCGGGCCACAGACUCUCGACGGGUGCAAUAGAAGAGGCAAUCAUGACGAGUGAGGAUAUAGCUGAGGUGGCAGUGGUGGGAAUACCUGACACACUCAAAGGUCAAAUACCGCUGGGACUGUGUGUACUAAAACAUGGAGUGCAGAAGUCAGCAGAUGAAGUUAUAGAUCAUGUCCGAGAUGUAGUGAGAAGCAGCAUAGGACCAGUGGCCGCCUUCAAACUCGCGGUUAUUGUCCCAAAGCUACCAAAGACUCGAGCUGGGAAGAUAGCUCGUAGCACCAUAGCUCUCAUGGCAGCUGGUCAGCCAUUCAAAAUUCCAGUGACUAUUGAGGAUGCCUCUGUGUAUCCGUACAUCCGGGACGCUCUACAACAGAUUGGCUAUGCCAAAGAGUACCAGCCACUCUAGAAGAUCCAGAAGUCUAUUCCAAACUGAAGGUGUCUUUUGAAGAAGCAGGGUUUACUGUUGGAGAACCACAAUAUUAAAAACAUGCACUGAACCAUAUGUGUGCCUAUAAGUGUGAACAUACAACAUUAGAGCACUGAGGAAAAUGCAGCAUUGGAGAAUGUCCAUGACAAAACAAAAAGUUAUACCUCUCUUAUGCCUAGAAUUGGUUUGGGUAAAGUAGGCUAGCUACAGGUGUGCUAGGGCAACACAUGUUAUUACAGUAAAACAUGCUUAUAAAAGAGUGCCAGAGAUGGAUGAUUUUGUUUUGCUAUAAGCAUACUAGUAAUUAAUCAUUUCCACUAGUUUACAAAACUAGUAUAUUGUAAAGUUGUAUGAGGAAUGAAAAUCAGUUUGCUGUGAGAGACAAUGCAAUAGAAGUGUGUUUGCUAUAAGCUUGUUUUACUGUAAUUGUAUAAUUUUAGCAGUAGUUGUGAUAUAUUUUGGUAUAUUUGUGUAUGCUGUUAUAGUCAGUUUUUAUACAUGCUUGUGUAUAUAUGUGUCAUACACUUUGUCUGAUUUAUCUAGUCUUCCAGAAAUAAAACAUUACUUUUCUUCAGAUCACAUAUUUUAUCUCCCACCCAAUCUUUCACUCCCUUCCAUUUUUUUUCCUUUACCCCUCCCCAAUAUUGAUUUGAAAUGUGCAAAAGUAUUUAAAGAUUUCUAUUGCAUAUGUGGUUUUGCUUUGGGAUAAAAAUGUUAUGCUAAUUUGUUAGAAAAUAUUUUUUCAGCUGCUACUUUUAUGUGAUGUGUUAUAUUAAUUAAGGAACUUGUGUAAUGUCUUAACGUGUGAUAUGACUUCUAUACUUUCUCAGACAUACAGUUGAACUUAAGUAUCUUGAACAUGGAUAUCUCUAAUAUCAUGGAUCUGAUAUGUCAAUCAAAGUGAUUUGAAAGCCCUAAGCAUUUUUUCUUGAAGUACUUUACCCUCAAUAUCUUGAACCCUUUGAUAUCUCUAAAGGUUUAUUUUAAUUGAUCCCAUACUACAUUUGAGAUAAUGAGGAUUGACUGUAUGUACUUUAUAUAGGUAUUCUUUUAUGUAGUCAUUCUUUACCAAUUUACAUGAUGACAUGAAUAUAUGUUAAUUUGGGGUCAUUGAAUCUAUUUAAUGUCAUUGUCAAAAUGUCAAGGUUAUUGAUACUGGGAUCAUGUUACUUUUAUGUGGUACAAGAACAAUUAUUUACAAACAGUUACUAGGUACAUGUACAAGUUUUAAAGGAACAUUGUAUUUUAAACUCAAGCAAGUUACUUGAGUUAAGGUCGAAUUUAUACAUAUGUUAAGGGCUCCUGAAUGAUUGUUUGCUUUUUAGUUUCCCAGAAUUGAUUCUGCAUGAUAACAUACUGUAUAUGAAUUGAAAAGAACUGCUUGGAUUGGUUGUGAUUAUGUCAAAAACAUGGACUCUUUCGAACAUGUUGUAUAUCAAAUAUAUUUUAAUCAGUGAUGUCCAGUAUUCUUUUUUCUCAUGAUCAUGAUAGAGAUAUUGUUGCUAAAAGGCACAGAUGGGAUUUGCAUCUAUGAUUAAUUUUUUUUAGAAAUGUUUUUCUUAAUUGUUUACAUAAUGUUAGGCAAUGAAUAGUUACUACUGUAUACAGGGUUAUUUUCGCCCCGUGAUAUUUUCGCCCUUUCACAUCUGAAUACAAGUUUGCCCCGUUUUAAAUUCACCCAAAAGAUUUUUGUUUAAGAUACAUGUAUUAUACAGUUUACUUUGAAUUAGCCCUGUUUUAUAUUCCCCACGUCAGGCAAGGGCGAAAGGGGCGAAAAUUAAAUGGGGGUGAAAAUUUCCCCGUAUACAGUAUAUAUAUGCAAGUCAAAUUUUCACCUACAAAUUAUUUGUUAUUCAUUGUUUUGUUAUAUGAGCAAAUUGCCUUAAAAAAAUUGUGAUUAAAAUAGUACAAAUGUAUUAUACACAUGUAAUGUGUCACUUUGUAAUAUAUUUUCUUAUACUGUAUAAGAAUUAAUUUGUAUAAUUAUAUUUUUAAUUAGUCAUCUUUAAUAAAUU